AUGAUGUCUUUGCACAAACCCUCCUUGACCAGAAGCGCUUCUGCCAUUGAAUCAGGUAAUCACAGCGAGUCCUCCUCAGUGGCUCCACCCAACACACUAAGGCUAAACUCCUCCCACAACCAGCAGCUGGAGUGUGACAUGAUAAAAGAGGGUGUGGUCACAUCAUCCAUGGAAAGGCAGGGUUGCGCCCUGUCAACCAAGAGCCGUCAGAAGUACGCCCUGACUAAUCUCCAAAAUGCCAUGGGCCUAAGCCAGAACUCCGCCUCUGCUGCCACCCAAAACCAGGGUACUGAUAGGGCCAGACGUGCCCCCAAGAAAUCUGCCUCCUCCUCCUCUUUGUAUUCUUCUGCAUCCCUCCCUCUCUCACUCUCUGCCUCCAACCCCAAACUGGCAAAAAAUGGCACCAACUUACAGCUCAAAGCUGAAGAGCAGCAGCUGGACCUUAACAAAAACAAAAACAACGACAACACAACUUGCAUCCUGAGCAGGAGCAACUCCUAUUGGCUGGAGGACAGCAAAGAGAACCAGAAGAACCAGCCCUUCAGGAGAAGGACCAAAAGCUUUCUGGAAUACCGCCGCCACGAGGAUGAGAAUCCGUCCGUCAGCCCGGUGAAAGAGAGCGAGCGAGAGAGAGAGAUGGAGGAGGAGGAUGAGAAAUGCCCCUCUUCUCCCCCAAAACUUCAACUUCAAACCUGGACCAAAGAGAACUGGGUAGAACCUCACCUCACACUUCCUCAGAACCACCUACUGCUGCUGGCCAGUGAGGAAGAGGAAGAUGACAGCCCUCCGCAGGCAGUGACUGAAGGUGUUGGGGAGAGCUACGGCUGGCCUUUUCAUCCAAACAAUGACCAGUGGAAUAGAGCCAGAGAGAAGAAGGUGGAAGUUCACUCAAAUCCCAACCAGGUAACCCUGUCUAGGCCUUCUCCAUCAAAGCAAUUGUUUACACCAUCCGCCCAGCCCUCCCCACGACUACGACACUCGCAUCCAUCCCAGCAGAUGGACGAGGAUGAGGAGGAAGAUGAAGAUUCAAGCUGGACAACGCUGUCCCAGGAGAGUCCAUCUCUAGACACGCCACAGGGCACAGGUGUCUGGAACGAUGCAGAGCUGCCUGAGGGUUGGCGAGAGGUGGAAGACAUGACGGAUGUGUAUUUUUGGCACGUCCCUACUGGCACCACUCAACGGGACCGCCCAGUUGCCCACAGCAACCCCUACCCCAAACCAAACCCCCAUCCAGAGGGGAAGGGGGCAGGGAGUCUGAAUGUCCCUCCCCCAAAACUACAAAACGAGAGACCCAGUAGUAUUGUAUCAGACAGUUCCGUGGAGCCUGUGCCGUCCUCGUCAGCUUCAUCCCCCUCCUCUUCCUCGCCCUGCUUUGAGCUAAUGGGCCCUUCAGCCUGCUUCCUCAACAACAACUACCUUGAUUUUAAGGAGAUUGCCGUCCACUCUGAUUCCAGUGGGAGUGUGUGUGAGGAGUCUACUCAGCCCAGCUCCCAACUCAGCCUCAGCAAAACUAAACCUCAUUGUGGUUCAGAUGAUGCAGUGACAUCCAUCAGCCUGCAGGAUGAGCAGGUGUUCUCAGUGCGAUGUCUUGGCUGGUUGGAGGUGUGUGAAGGUGAUGUGGUGCUGAAGAGAAACAGUGCAGUCAUCAGUGAGUGUAUACAGCAACUCCAGCCAUCCUUUACUGGGAUGCACAGCAGGAGGGAGAGAGCAAGCGCAGGAGAGAGAGAAGAGGGGAAAGCAAUGCUGUUGGUGCUGCAGGAUGUCACUUUGAACUUGAUUGACCCCACGGAUCACACGCUGCUCCACUCUCAGCCAAUCAGCUGCAUUCGUAUGUGGGGCGUGGGGCAGGACAAUAACAGGGAUUUUGCUUACGUGGCCAGAGACAAGAACACACACGUGUUGAAAUGUCACGUGUUCCGAUGUGACACACCUGCAGACAACCUAGCCAGCAGCCUCAGCAAGACCUGCUCCAAGAUUAUGGCAGAAAGGAAGAAUGCCAAAGCUGUAGCAGGCAGCUCUUCACAGACCAGUUCAGAUGUUCCCCUUCAAGUAGAGUUUCCCACACCAAAGACAGAACUGCAGCAGAGCUUCCAUGUUCUCUACCUGGGAAUGACCUCAGUGUCUCGUCCUAUAGGGAUGGACAUCAUAAAUGGAGCUAUCGACAGUUUGCUGUCAUCCACAGGGAAGGAGGACUGGACACCGGUCAUCCUAAAUGUCGAAGACGCCACCGUUAGCGUCAUUAAAGAGAAGGAAGAAGAAGAGGAGGUUUUGGUGGAGUGUCGCGUGCGUUUCCUGUCCUUCAUGGGUGUUGGACGUGACGUGCACACAUUUGCCUUCAUCAUGGACACUGGGAACCAACACUUCCAGUGCCAUGUCUUCUGGUGUGAGCCAAAUGCUGGGAGUGUGUCUGAGGCGGUGCAAUCUGCCUGCGUGUUGCGGUAUCAGAAGUGUUUGGUCGCCCGCUCUCCCUCCCAAAAGGCUUCAUCCCCGUCCCCGUCAGACUCCGUCACACGUCGGGUCACCACCAGUGUCAAGCGUGGUGUCCAAUCACUGAUAGACACUCUCAAACAGAAGAGACCUGCCCCUGAACUUCCUCACCAAUGA